GGGGAGACGAAAAGAGAACUAGGAGGGGAGCGAGGAGGCCGCGGCAGGCGCAGCGGGUACCUCGGCCAGGCCGCCUCCGCGAGCAAGGCGUCGCCAUUCCGCUGCUCGGGGCGCCGCCGCCGCGCCCGGGGGCCAUGCUCCCGCCGCCCCCGCGCCAGCCGCCGCCCCAGGCGCGCGCGGUCCGCGGCGCGGUGAGCCUGCAGCGGCCCUUCCUGCGCAGCCCGCUGGGUGUGCUGCGGCUGCUGCAGCUGCUGGCCGGCGCGGCCUUCUGGAUCACCAUUGCCACAAGCAGGUACCAGGGUCCGGUGCACUUCGCGCUCUUCGUGUCCGUGCUCUUCUGGCUUCUGACCCUGGGUCUUUACUUCCUCACGCUGCUGGGCAAGUACGAGCUAGUGCCCGUGCUGGGCUCGCGCUGGCUCGUGGUCAACGUGGCGCACGACCUGCUGGCGGCUGCGCUCUACGGUGCCGCGAUGGGGAUCAUGAUCGAUCAGACGCAGCGCCACAGCUACUGCAACAUCAAGAAUUACCCGCUACCCUGCGUCUACCAUGCCUUCCUGGCGGCCGCCGUCUGCGGCGGUCUCUGUCUCGGCCUCUACCUGCUCUCGGCGCUCUACGGCUGCUGUCGCCGCUACCAGGGCGAGCAGGAGGUGGCGUGAGGCCCGCCCGAGUCCGCCGCGGCCCCGACGAGGGCGAGAAACCCUCCGGAGACCGACGGCCCCGGUCCUUCCUGCCGCCGCCGCCCCGCGCCCGUGCGUCCUGGCACCUUCCCCUCGCCCUGCGUUCCCGCUGACGCCUGCCCCCGGGCACUGGAACGCCGAGGCGGUUCCCGCCCGACGCCGCGCCAGGGCUCGGGCCACGGGUCCUAAGCGCUGCUCCGGACGCGACGUCUCCAGGGAUCAGGGCAGGCUGCAAUCUGAGCGGUGGACACACGCUCAGACGGGCCGCCCCGAGGCGAAACUUCGCGGUUCCUUUUCCCUUCCCUGCUGAGAGCGAGACGUGGACAGGCGCCGCGUAGAUCCGGGGGAGGCUCCCAAAUUGGAACGAGUCUUUCGGCUGUGCCACAGCCCCCUCCCUCCCGCAAUGCUGUCGGAAGAACACUCCCUUCCUUGGCGUCUUUUCCAGCCUCGGGUGCUGUAAAAAGGACGGCACGCUGCCGCGGGCGGAGCUGGAGACAGGCCUCGGCUGCUCCUGGGAUGAGCGACGAGUUUGGGAUUGUGUGGGCGUAAUGCGCGGUACUUCCCGGCCCAUCCCCCAGAGCUUUGCUGCCUUGAGGUGGGGCCCUUCCGCAGGGUCGAAGAUGGCGAGGCAGGGUCCGCGGGCUAGCCCUGUGCCUCACCGCCGGACUCUUCCCACCUCCGCCCGCCCCUUCUUUGUCCUCGCGGUUCGCUGCGUCUAGACCCAAACACACUGACUGCCCGUCCUCGCAGAGCGAUACACGCCUCUGCCGGGCCCCCCUCUCACAGGCUUCUGCCCCACCCGCCCAGAUCUUUUUGUAUUAGCGACCACCACCACCACCGCAACCUUCGCGGAAUGUUAGGGACCCAGCGCCUCCUGUUGGGAACAGAAAGAAGAUUAGAACCCCUCUCCGGACUCCCAGUACAGCACUGUUUACAUUAAAGCAGUGGUUGUUCCAGGAACCCUGACCCAGGGGAUAACCUCUCUACUAGAGGAUUUCCAGGCCAAAAGGGGUUCUAAGUGGUGCUGUCUCCCCGUCAUUUGAUAACAGAAUGAUCACGAUGCUCAUUAGCAUAUCAAAGGCUCUGAGAACGUCCGCUGUAAAAGAAGCCCAGGUAAUUUAGUUUACAGUAUUAACUGCCCUGGGCCUGCACCAGUUUGUCUCACCUUGAGGUUCCACACAGCCCAGUGCUGCCCUGGCUCUCUUUCAUUCCUGAGGAGCCCAACCCAUUGGUUUCAGGUCUGUUUGGAGAUUUGGAGAGGGUGACCUCUUUCCCAGGGGAUUUCUCUGGCAGGAGAAACAGCCUGCCUGGUGAGGGAGGCCCUUCACCAAGCCCUGGGUACUGGCGGCUUUGAACACUCCUUUACAUUGUUUGGGAAAUGAAGCCAAGGUUAUCCAGAUGAUUUUUCAGUCAAAAGGAACCAUCUGUAAGAGAUUCUGCUGUUGAUUGGCAGGGGGCACUCACACUCACCGAGAGGAGAAAAGGCCCUGGAGUCGAGGUGAACAGCUGGCUGAAACUCUGGAUGGUUUCCAUGUUGCUGGAGCCAUGGAGCUUCCCAGAGCCUGGUCAUUCCAGCCACUCCCAGCGCCCAGUUCCCUCGGCAGGCAAUACCAUUUCAGAGUCUUCACCGGCCGAAAGGGGAGAUGGGGGAGAGAGAACGGCCUCUGCCCAGCAGCUUCCCUUCACACUGGCUUCCACACUGUCUAGCGGAAGGGCCAAGAUGGCUGAAGACUUAUUUUUGCCUUAGCCCAAGAGGAUUCCUGAUUCCCCUUGUGCCAUGACUGGAGCACAAUCUUCCAGACACCUGGAACGGAUUCCAUACUCCCCUGUGCCCCAAACAAUGGGUUUUAGCUCCAGCUUUUUACCUUUCUCUUGCUUAAGCUUGCCGUCUAAGUUGCAUCCUCAGCUCAGGUCCAGCCCCCUGAGGACCUCAUCCUCAGCCCCCUAGCCCAUGGUGCUCUGUCUGUGGUCAGAUGACCUUACUCAGGAGUGGACAUCUCCUUGGCCUUCACGGUGCCUUGUCCAUGCAGAUGUGCUUGUAGCAUUCCAGAGCUCACUGGCUCUUCUAGAUGUGCCUUUCCUCUUGGUCUCCAGCUGCUUAAUAGUCCUUCUGUCUGCCAGAUGCCGGAAAGACUUGUAGGACUGUCCCCACACCCAUUCCUUCUGCCCCCUUGAGGCCCCUGCCACAGACAUGGUCUAGCCCAGGACUUUUUGAUACUGGAGAGCCUCAUAGACCUCCCUUUUCAGACACCAGGACUCAGUCUAGCUGAAGACCACCCUGGGUACUGCCCAUCCCUAACACUGGGGCCACUUGUGGACCCAGGAGAGGAUUUCUACAGUGUUCUAAAGGCCAAAAGAGAGGGUGGGUAGGGAGAAGGGACCAGUGUGCCUCAUUCAGUGUUGUGGGAUUUCUAAUCUGUUUUUCUGAAUAAAGUUUGGUUUGUUUGCU